CGGAGCAUUAAAAUUCGCAGCGAAUCAAUAUCAAGGAGUAGAGCGUCGCCGUUGAGCAACAAGUUGUUUGAAUGUUGAAAACCGCAAUCCAUCUUUUAAAUAUCUACUUUCCGUAAUAUCGUACCCAAAGCUGCGACCGUGGGGCCGCAUUUUCCGAUAACCUCUUGUUGAUGCAUUACGUAUUUGUGUCCGGUUUGUGCAAAAAGAAGAAAGAAAAAUCAUGGGGCUAGUGGAGGACGAAGUGGCCGAAGUUGGCCGGCUGUGCGAAAAGGUGGUGCCCAACUCCAAACUCGUCACCUGCCUGCCUUCUCUGGUCCGUGUUGAGCUCCGGCAGACAAAAAGCCGGCAGCUGACGGUUUGCGUUCGGUUCCCGGACAACUACCCGACCGGGAAAUUGUUGGUCGAGUUUAAAAGCAAAACUAUGCCGAGCGUUUUUCUCGAACGUUUCGUCGGGAUAUGCGACACCAGACUCAACGAUUUUCUCGGGAGGCCCCAGUUGAUGAAAAUGCUCCAGUUUAUCGACGGAUAUUUGGCGGAAAACCCACUGUGCAUUGUGCUGGACGAAAUUCAAAACAUUCGCCAGAUGUUGCCGGAUGCUGGUGAUCUUAAACUGAAGCAAAAGACUUGCUCGAUCUGCCUAGUCGCCCGUGGUGGGCAGUACUACUUCGGCGCCAAAUUCAUCGUUCCCCAGGGCUAUCCAGCCGAAUGCAUCCAAUGGAAUGGGCACGACUGCAAUCUUCCCCAGUCUCUGGUGCUGUUCGUCAACGGGCAGGCCAGGGAGAUCGCACGUCAGUGCGUGGAAGCACCUCUGCGCCAGCCGAUGUGCAGCGAAGCAUUUGAAGUAAAACCCAGCCUGCAGCGGACGCUAGGGUUUAUCAUCGAAGCGGUGCGAGAUUUACCGGAUGAAAAGUGUGCCGUUUGUCGAUCUUGCUGCUUACCGGUAUGUCCUACGCAAGUCGUCACGCAAGAUGAUAGCGACGCAUACGUGGUGCGCAUGUUCUGCGGCCACAUCUAUCACCAAGGUUGCCUGAAACGGUUUAUGAGUGAGCCGCCGUUUCCAGAGGGAGGAAAAACAUGUCCUGCACCGAGAAACCGGGCCCGUAGCUUCCAACGGGCAACCGAUUUGCGUUUUUCCAAAAAUCGGUCUUCUGAAACUGCUUGCGGUCAGCGAGUAACGUACGAUAAAUGGGGAUUGAACAAUGUUAAGUCGGCCGAAGCUAAAUGGGCUCAUCAGCAGGCACGAGAGAGGGAAUUAGAAGAAGUGAUAGAUUUUCUACAGUAAACUCAAUGGCCAAUGCUUUUUUUUACGUCUGUGCAGUAGAGUAGAGGUCCCCGGUUUUUCUUUUUAUAAAAUGUAUGAUGGACACCAAUGGGCAACGGAUGGACACCAUUGUUGAUACCAACACAGUUGGGUUCGAGAAGCACUUUCGGCUCGACAAUAUCAAAGAUGGUGCAGAGGGCAGAAAAUACUGUCUAUUUACUGUCUAUUCUGGACCGUACUGCCUGAAUAUUGUACAUCGUUAUUUAACGAAUGUGGAAUCCCUGGGUCAGAAUCGUCCCGUCUUCUAAGAAAACAGUGUUUUAUUGGCACGGCACCUUUUUCAGAUAAUACCAAUAACGAAUAAUUAAAGGCAUUGGCAGGUAGUAAUUUAAACGGAUGUUAUAUAGGCCUAAGUUCGUAGCGUCGGCCAAAGAAUCUAAACUCGUAGAAUACGUGUUAGCAAUUAUUUCUAAAUGGCUUUGUUAUGAUCGUUGAUCUAAAAAAUAUACAUUCUCAGUUCUCAUACGUAAGACAAAGUUUUUUUUGUUCUUAGAACAACGGACUGGGCCGCAUUUAUAAGAGAAAGUUCUUUUGUUUUAAAUUUCG